UCAAUUAGACGAACAGUAUGAGUUUAACUUAAUACACGAAAUCAAUAAGUAACUUUGCAAGAUGCGCGUGUUACCUUCCAUAAUUUUGUGCCUUUUUAUGGCUCUCUGUGUAUUGGCAAACGAUGAUUCGGCAAACGAUAAUUCGGCAAGCGAUAACUCGGCAAGCGAUAACUCGGCAAGCGAUGACUCGGCAAACAAUGAUUUUGUCUUAGGCGAAAGAAAAGAAAACGAUGAUCUUAUUUAUACAAAACAGUAUCUAAGGCUUUCACCAUUUCAUCCUGCGACGAUUACAAUCCCCGUGACUUUAAGAAAAAAUAAAGUUAUCACCCAGGUUAAGUUGAAUAUUAAAAGAAACAAAGCCACAGUUACAGUGCUUAAGGGUGAAAUUGGUGAACGAUUUUUAGCAUUAAGAGUUGAAGCACAAUCUCGAGGAAUAUUAGCAGUGUCCGUGAAAGUUUACGGCUCAGACGCCCAAACAACUCCUAGCCCAACGACUCCAAAUCCAACGACUCCAAAUCCAACGACUCCAAACCCAACGACUCCAAACCCAACGACUCCAAACCCAACGACUCCAAACCCAACGACUCCAAACCCAACGACUCCAAGCCCAACCACUGUCGCUGAUGCAUCUGAUAAUGAAGAAAACGAGUGAUAAAAGCAGCAGUAUAUCGAUAAUGGUAAUGGCAACAAUACAUUCGAAACGAUGGCGAUAAUAAACGGAACAGCUUUGAAAACGUAGAAGCCAAUAGAAAUUAAUAAUUUGGUUGUUAAUGUAGAAGAAAAUUGUUAUAAAUAUCUAAUUUAUGAUCUGAAUAUGUAGCAAUUAUAUCACAUACAUGUAAUAAAAGUAAGAUUGUAUGAAAAGAA